CUGGGGUCUCAACAGCCGAUUUCUUUCCUAUUUUGUCACUAACCGGCCGUAACUACUCAUAUCCGAUACACGGGUACUUUAUCACUACAUCUCGCAACCUCAGCAGUUGAAACGAACCCUACAAACACCAGACAAUGCAUCUACCUCAGUGGAACCCUAAAGCAAAUCAACGGCUGCCAGGGCAUAACGGCGGUCGAAUCACGUUGUAUCUCUCAAAGAUGCCAUUUAACCGUUACUUUAGACGUGCCCAAAAGCGAGUGCUUCUAAAGCUCGGACUAUUGAUGUUUUGCAUACUCCAGAUCAAAUGGCUAUACAGCCGUUUUACUCCCAUCUCGAAGAAUCCCGUGAUAUUCGAAGCUGGGGUCAACGAUGAUUCUCCCACUACAUUCAAAAACCUCCUCGUAACCUCCAUGGACCCCCAAACCAAGCGAGAAACCUGUCAACGGUAUUUCCAAGAUUUGUACGUACAAGACCCCCAAUGGGCCUUCCAAACGUUCAAUAUGUAUGAUCCCCGCGCAAUCGACCAUGAUAGGUUUAUCCGGGAGGAUGUCGCAGCCUUGCAGAAAGCGUACUACAAAGACAUCAACAAGCUCACGGAUUUCGAAAUGUGGAAUGCACCGCACAACGUGUACCCUGAGCCUUGGAAGAACAUUCGCCUCAGCGACAAGGAACACCAGGAUAUUGAAUCGAACUUUAAGACACAAUUCCACCUCAUGACUGGUACUGAGCAAGGAAUUGUGGAUACGGUGGCUAAUUUGAGAGCCUUUGGUGCCUGCCAUCUUCUCCACAACCAAGAGUUCAAUGCGCAGAAAGACGCCCAGGUCGCGCUUACCAAGGCUGUUAAACAGAAUAAAAAAUUGGCUAAAGCAGGGAAGCCGUUGGUUGAUGUGUCUUCGCUUAAUACAACGUGUGAGGCAUUGCAGGAACGAUUGUUUCCUUGGAUGACCUCCAAGUUUCCUGUAUUCACCAGAUGGGACGGGAAGGUUGUCACAGGUAGACUUCCGGUCAUGUCAGACUAUCUCAAAGAUCAGGCACAGAAAGUGCGCACCAGCAAGAAGGCUAACCGGGUAGAAAACUCGUCGUGCUACAUCCUACGCCUUUUGCAAUCGUUCAACGGUAAGGGGAUAGUUAUCUCUGCGGCGGAUAAAUUCAAAGAUGACCUAAUCAACUUGAUAAGAGUCUUGCGAAGCCUCCAAAACGAAUUGCCUAUUCAAGUCUUUCACAGCGGUGACUUGAGCCUCGAGACCCAACGCGAAGUUGUUGCCGCAGCUAGGGCGACGUUUGACAUGGAUUCAUUUCCUAAAUCUUACCACUCCAUGGUGGAAGCGUUAAAAAAGCAACACAAAGUACCAUCGUUCCCACAACAGGAGAUUUGGUUUGCGGAUGUCAGGGGGUGCGUAGUGCCGGAGUACGAAAUGUACUUUAAAAGGUUUUAUAGCAAACUCCUCCCACACGUGUUUGGCUCGUUUGAAGAGACCAUGUUGAUGGAUGCCGAUACUGUCCCCUUAGUUCCCCCAGCUGACUUUUUCCAGUCCCGGGGCUACUUGAAAACAGAAACACUAUUUUUCAAAGACAGAGAGACCCACAACGAAAACGCCGACCACACACGGGCGUUCUUCAGAAAGAUGAUGCCUACGGUGCUAGAUGAGCUUUUCUUGGGGCUUCCAGCUGCAACCAAUUUCACCCUUGACAAUGCCUUCUUGGGUAACAACAAGCGCCAUGUGCAUCUCAUGGAGUCGGGGAUCGUGAUGUAUCGGAAAUCCGCCCAUUUCACCGGGAUUCUUAUGACUGCAUGCAUCAACUUUUGGACACUGGUCAGAACAAGAAUCGGCGGCGACAAAGAGAUGUUUUGGCUUGGGAUGUCCAUGGCGGCAGACGAGAACUAUAGCUUCAACGGUAAUCACGCAGCGGCGGUGGGAACCGUCACCCCGAAAGAGUUUCUCCCAGCAGCGGCCAACGAAAUUUGUUCCACCCAGCCUGGCCACGUGUCGUCUGAUGAUGACCAGACGUUGAUGUGGAUAAAUUCCGGAUUUAAAUUCUGCAAGAAGCCAGGCUCGUUCGAGGAGUCCAAAAAAUCGGACAAAUUGUUGAUGUUUUCGGGUGCAAAGAGCUUAACCGAGCGAGAAGGCUACAACGAGAACGCCGUGAGAUCAAUGUACUCGGAAGCCAUCGAUAUUCAAGCCGCAAUAGUCCCUCCUGAAACAAGGAAGCCGCUCCGUGAUCCAGCCAACGCUCAUGAGCCACCACUUGGGUGGAAGUCCGAAGGGUCUUGCAAUGCCUAUUUAUGGUGUGCCUACGAUCGUGUGGGGGCAAGCUCAAAGCCAGAGCACCAGGGGAAACUCAUCGAGUUUUCGGCUGAUCACAAAGCUCGGUUCAAAUUCAUUGGAGACUUGUGGAUGGGCUAUGGUAUCCAGCAAGAGGGAGUUCCAAUAAGGGGAAGAAAAAACGUGAUUAGGGCGUGACAAAUGCAGAGAUUUGUUUCGGGAACCAGGUAACUCCAAGAAUAACAUUUAGAUUUUUUUUUAGAAAUACCUAGGCUUAAUAGUGCAUUAUCUUAUGCAUUACUAUAUAAGUCAUUUCUGUGGCAUAGCUCUACCUCGAGGAUAGAAUAUCUACUUAUGGUAGUAUACUGGUUAGUUAUAUAACUUAUAUAGGAU